ACUGUUUGGGUGGCCGCUGAUGAUUACGGACGUGCGAGCGCUCGUCGAGCAGGCGACACUCGCUCAUGCCGGGUAUUUCUACGCGCACGGCAUGAGCUCCGUUGCAGGCGGCAUCACGAAUAUGCGUGCUGGGCGAGGCGCGGACCCACGGACCCUCCUACUCGACUGAGUGUGUGCGCUGGCGCCGCUCACCUCUAG